AUGAAACGAAUAGAAAGCGAAAUAAAAAAGAGGAUAAAACCACAUGAACUUAAAAUAAAGGUCAAAUCGGUUAGACAAGUGCGAGGAGAUGGCAUAUGCUUCCGCACUGACAGCUACAAAGAGGCUGAAACUCUGUCAGACGCAAUCAAUGACCACCCUGACAUAGCCAAAAAAGUCCAGAGCAAAAUUUCAGAAGGUAGGAGACCUCGUGUGAUUCUUACCAAUGUCCCCAUAGCAGUAAGUGAAGAGGAGAUUAUCCCAAUGAUGUAUGAACAGAAUGAGAUCGUACAAAACAUGACCAUGGAUGAAUUUUCUAGUUCCACUAAAAUCAGCACUGUUCUCUUUCGUAAUAAUAACAAAGAAAACUGCAGGCAUAUUGUAAUUUCAACAACGCCUAACCUUAGAAAUCUGCUCGUCAAAACGAAACACAUAGCCAUCCAGUGGGCCAAGAUCUAUGUAAAUGACUACAUCCCAUUGGUCCGUUGUUAUCAGUGUUGUGGUUAUAACCACUUAUCCACAACCUGUCCAAACAAGCAAAGGUGUAGCCAUUGUGGAAAGGCACACAGGUUUAGAGAAUGCCGGAAACUGGACGACGAUCCUUGCUGCAUCAACUGCAAAACCCUAAACAAGGACCUCCCGGAAUAUAGUAGACAUGACACCUGUCAUAAUGCUUUUAACCCACAGUGCCCAAUCACAGAAAGAAUGAAGGCUCAAACAAUACGCCAAACCAAUUAUGGGGUAUAA